UGAGAAAAGGUUUUGCCGGCGCGCUGUACCAGACAAACUAUACUAACAAAUGCGUGGGAACUAUUUCGUUCGCCUUCGCUUGUUCCACGAGGACGAGGAAAUAACACGUGAUGAAGUGAAGUCUGAUCGGAUUUUCUUUCUCCCCUUUUGCACCAAGUUGAAAAUUUGUGAGGAAACGCCUCUUGGAAAAUGUGCUAGAGGGGUUCCUAAAUUGGCGCUUUCAAACCCAUUUGCCAACUAAAGGAUUUUUUACCCCAAUUAACUCACGCAAGGUCCGACAGCUGUUUUUUUCUCUUCCUGUUGCAGCGUGAUCGACCAACGUGACUGAGGGUGGAAAAUAAAAGUGAGCCCAAAAUUUCUCAGUGCGCGCAGCUUCUGUUGAAACUCCAAAUAUUGAUUAACUUUUGACAUUUGCAGUCUCAGAAUGGCGCACCCCUCCCUUUCAUACAACCUGGUCAGGUGGGAGACAUUAUUGGACAUGUGAGUCCAAAUAGCAGGACCGGUGCGCACCAGACGGAGCCACAGAGGGCUGCACCGCGCAAAAAAAUCUCAACAUUUUCCACAGUCGGGCUUCGGCGCGUGUGCACGGCAGCAUUUCGGCGACGUUCCUGGAGAAAAAUGACUUUACACGGACUGAUCAUGGCCAGAGGAUACUGAUUCUUUAUGGUGUUCUCGGAGCAAGAAGCCCUUGGCUGGAUCGUCCAGUAAUUCCUGGACAUCCUCUUCGCUUUUAAUGACAGUCAAGAGCUCGGUUGGGUUGCCAUGACAAGUGAGGAGUGUCCUGUGCCGCUGAGGAGCAUUUCCUCAGCAGUGCCAGGGCAUCAUGAGGAGUAUGGCUCGGCGCAGGCUGAUGACAUCAUCGAGGAAAUGGGUCCAGUUGACGACGCCAGCAUCGGAAGUGACCUGAGCACGCUUGUGGUGCCCUUCCCUGAGCUGGCACCAGUGGUCUUCUUCUGCCUCAAGCAGACCACCUGCCCCCGCAGCUGGUGCAUCCGUAUGGUUUCCAGUCCGUGGUUCGAGAGGAUUAGCAUCAUGGUCAUCUUGCUCAACUGUGUGACACUCGGAAUGUACCAACCCUGCGAGAACAUAGACUGCACCUCAGACCGCUGCCAGAUACUCCAGGCCUUUGAUGCCUUCAUCUACAUCUUUUUUGCAUUGGAGAUGGUGGUGAAGAUGGUUGCUCUUGGAAUCUUUGGUCGUCACUGUUACCUGGGUGACACUUGGAACAGGCUGGACUUCUUCAUUGUCAUGGCUGGCAUGGUAGAAUACUCUCUGGACCUACAGAACAUCAACCUGUCAGCCAUUAGGACUGUGCGUGUGCUUCGUCCCUUGAAAGCCAUCAACAGAGUGCCAAGUAUGCGUAUCCUGGUCAAUCUGCUGUUGGACACUCUACCCAUGUUGGGCAACGUGCUCCUACUAUGUUUCUUUGUUUUCUUCAUCUUUGGAAUCAUUGGUGUGCAGCUGUGGGCCGGGCUGCUGAGGAACCGCUGUUACCUGGAGGAGAAUUUUACCCUCUCUUCAGGAAUGACUCCCCCUCCUCCGUACUACCGACCCGAGGAGGAUGACGAGCGCCCCUUCAUCUGCUCACUGGCAUCUGACAACGGCAUCAUGUCAUGUUCUGACGUUCCCGCGAGGCGAGAAGGAGGCCAGACAUGCUGCCUGGACAAGGAGGAUGCACUGCACCGACAAACUCUUGGUCUAAAUCCUGAACCCAUGGCAAAUGGCAGUGGUGCCAGUGAUGCCAUGGGACUGUGUAUCAAUUGGCAUCAGUAUUACACUCGAUGCCACACCGGGAGCACUAACCCCCACAAGGGUGCAAUCAACUUUGACAACAUCGUCUACGCCUGGAUUGUCAUUUUUCAGGUGAUUACUCUUGAAGGCUGGGUGGAGAUAAUGUACUAUGUAAUGGAUGCCCACUCCUUCUACAACUUCAUUUACUUCAUCUUACUCAUCAUUAUUGGUUCCUUCUUCAUGAUCAACCUUUGCCUGGUGGUCAUUGCCACUCAAUUUUCUGAAACUAAGCAGCGGGAGCACCAGCUGAUGCAGGAGCAGAGGGCGCAGUGCCUGUCCUCGUCCACUCUGGCCAGCAUGGCGGAGCCUGGUGAUUGCUACGAAGAAAUCUUCCAGCUUGUCUGCCAUGUCCUCCGCAAGGCCAAGAGAAGAUCUGCAGCACUCUAUUACACUCUGAGGGGCAAGCCCCCGCCUGCUGGUGGAGGCAGGGGCAAUAGGCGCGGUGGAGUCAAUCAAAAUGGAGAAAGGCAUCAUCCGAGAAAUUUAAAAUUAUCCCACUGUCCACACCAAAGCAAGCAAGACCAUGACUUUCAGCCUUUAGAAAACUCUGUUAGUCUGGCUGUGCCCCAGAAUCCAAAGGACUGCCCUUUGUGUGCAUUAGCACUGGAAGAGGGCCAGAGAACUGGGGGGGACGCCGCCAAUGGAGAUGAUGAUGAGGGUGAUGCUGUGAAAGAGACGGACAAGGAAGAGAACCACUUAGAGGAGAGAGGUGAUGUUAAUAAAGGGAAAAAAAGAAGCUGUUUUGGAUACUGCAAGGACAUAUGGGAUGAAAUAAGGAGGAAAUUAUGGGGCAUCGUGGAGAGCAAGUACUUCAGCAGGGGCAUUAUGAUCGCUAUUCUCAUCAACACCAUCAGUAUGGGCAUUGAACAUCACAAUCAGCCAGAGGAGCUGACCAACGUGCUGGAGAUUUGCAACAUUGUCUUCACCAGCAUGUUCACUCUGGAGAUGAUCCUCAAGCUGACAGCCUUUGGCUUCUUUGACUACUUGAGGAACCCUUAUAACAUCUUUGAUGGCAUUAUCGUCAUUAUCAGUGUGUGUGAGAUCAUUGGUCAGGCAGAUGGAGGCUUGUCAGUGCUGCGGACCUUCAGGUUGCUGCGGGUUAUUAAACUCGUCAGGUUCAUGCCUGCCCUGAGGCGUCAGCUGGUGGUCCUGAUGAAGACCAUGGACAACGUGGCAACCUUCUGUAUGUUGCUUAUGCUGUUCAUCUUCAUCUUCAGUAUCCUAGGGAUGCACAUCUUUGGUUGCAAAUUUAGUCUGAAGACAGAUGCAGGAGACACUGUGCCUGACAGAAAGAACUUUGAUUCCCUCCUCUGGGCUAUUGUCACUGUCUUUCAGAUUCUGACUCAGGAGGACUGGAACAUGGUGUUAUACAAUGGCAUGGCUUCCACCUCACCCUGUGCUGCCCUCUACUUUGUGGCAUUGAUGACAUUCGGAAACUAUGUGCUCUUCAAUUUACUGGUAGCCAUCUUGGUUGAGGGUUUUCAAGCUGAGGGAGAUGCAAACCGCUCUUACUCCGAUGAUGACAGGUCUUCCUGUAAUUUUGAGGACAAUGAUAAGCAGAAGGACUCCCUGCAUCUCUCAGACCCCAAGAUCUGCACGUUGACCCCAAAUGGACACUUGGACAUGGGCCCACUGCCUGCCAGUCUAUUUCCUGGAGAGAGAUUGAGCUUCGCUCUGGGGUCAAGGAAGAACAGUGUCAUUUCUCUUGGAAGGGCUAAUCUGGAGCAGAGGGCUGCAUAUCCAGGUCGCAUAUACCACAACUGGGGUCGCCCUUUGCCCCGCCAGCAUCAGGCCGCAUGGGCUCGUCGCUCCAGUUGGAACAGCCUGAUCGGAUGCCCCCCCUGCUCAUCCUCAUCUCCCUCUGCUAGUCCAGCCUUUACCUCUACCUCAGCCAGACCUUUCUAUGGCUACGGCCUUGGAGGUCUGGGAGGAGUCGUUGGAGGAAGCCUUCGUAUCCGAGGUCCCCGUGCUUCCUCAUCUCCACUCCGCCAUCGCCAUAGCAUACACCCAGAUGAGGAAGAAAGCCUUCUCUCGCCUCCUGCUGUUGGCUCUUGCGCGCUCCAUCUUCGCCAUCCAAUCCUCCAAGGACAUUUUGUACCCAGGAGGGACCGACGGGCGCUAUCCCUUGAGCUUCCCAAUCUGUUACAGGUCCCGGGAGCCCCACAUCCUCCACCAUUGUCAUAUCGUUCUGUGUCUCCCGCAACGUUGCACACUCACCAGAGAAAGAGUUUUUCUGGAGGGCUGGUCAUCAGUGGCGGUGGUGGCUUUGGGAGUCUGAGCGUCAUCGGAGGAGUGCACCAAGACUGUAAUGGCAAGACUUCCCUGGCACAACUUCUCCAUCCACCGCCUAAAAACCAGACUGAACAGGCUAGUAGGACAACUAACCAAAGGCUGAUUUCAGAAGUUUUUCCUCAGGUGAACACACGUACAAAGUGCCAGGAAGACAUGGAUGAUGAACUUGACUAUAGCUUGUGCUUCCGCGUUCAAAAGAUGUUGGAGGCACACAAGCCAGACUGGUGCGAGACAAGAGAGGACUGGUCAGUGUUUCUCUUCUCUCCACAGAACAAGUUUAGACAGAUCUGCCAAUCCAUCAUUGCUCAUAAGCUGUUUGAUUACGUGGUGUUGGCCUUCAUCUUUUCCAAUUGCAUCACAGUGGCUCUCGAGAGACCCAAGAUCCACCAGGGCAGCUUGGAAAGGGUGUUUCUCACCAUCUCCAACUACAUCUUCACUGCCAUAUUUGUGGGCGAGAUGACACUCAAGGUGGUUUCCAUGGGCUUGUACAUGGGGGAGCAGGCAUAUUUGCGGAGCAGCUGGAAUAUUUUGGAUGGCUUCCUGGUUUUUGUGUCUUUAAUUGACAUUGUUGUGUCAAUGGCUGGCGGGGCGAAAAUCCUGGGUGUGCUCAGAGUUCUCCGUCUGCUCAGAACAUUACGUCCUCUCAGGGUGAUCAGCAGAGCUCCAGGUCUGAAGCUUGUGGUGGAGACCCUCAUUACCUCGCUUAAACCCAUCGGAAACAUUGUCCUCAUCUGCUGUGCUUUCUUCAUCAUUUUUGGCAUUCUUGGUGUUCAGCUUUUUAAAGGGAAGUUCUUCUACUGCUUGGGGAUUGAUGUUAAAAACAUCACUAACAAGUCAGAUUGCAUACAAGCCAACUACAAGUGGGUUCACCAUAAGUACAACUUUGACAACUUGGGGCAGGCUCUGAUGUCCUUGUUUGUACUAGCCUCCAAGGACGGCUGGGUCAACAUCAUGUAUCACGGCCUGGAUGCUGUGGGUGUGGACCAACAGCCGGUGACCAACAACAACCCCUGGAUGCUGCUCUAUUUUAUCUCCUUCCUCCUUAUCGUGAGCUUCUUCGUCCUCAACAUGUUUGUUGGCGUAGUAGUGGAGAACUUUCACAAAUGCCGCCAGCACCAGGAGGUGGAGGAGGCCAAAAGGCGUGAGGAGAAACGUCAGCGGCGUAUGGAAAAAAAGAGGAGAAAAGCCCAAAAGCUUCCCUACUAUGCCAGCUACAGCAAUGUGCGCCUGAUGAUCCAUACACUGUGCACAAACCACUACCUGGACCUCAUCAUCACCUUUAUCAUCUGCAUCAACGUCAUCACGAUGUCCCUCGAGCACUACAAUCAACCUCACUCUCUAGAUCUCGCCCUGAAGUAUUGCAAUUAUUUCUUCACUUCCACGUUUGUGCUGGAAUCCAUACUCAAGCUCAUCGCUUUCGGCUUCCGUCGCUUCUUCAAAGACAGGUGGAACCAACUUGAUCUUGCCAUUGUUCUUCUGUCUGUGAUGGGCAUCACACUGGAAGAGAUUGAGAUCAGCGCUGCACUGCCCAUCAAUCCCACUAUUAUCAGGAUCAUGAGAGUACUGAGGAUAGCUCGAGUCCUGAAGCUGCUGAAGAUGGCGACAGGAAUGAGAGCCCUAUUGGAUACAGUGGUCCAAGCCCUGCCUCAGGUGGGUAACCUGGGUCUGCUCUUCAUGCUACUGUUUUUCAUCUACGCCGCCUUAGGAGUAGAGCUUUUCGGAGAACUUGUUUGCAAUCAAGACUACCCAUGUGAGGGCAUGAGUCGUCACGCUACCUUUGAGAACUUUGGCAUGGCCUUCCUGACUUUGUUUCAAGUCUCUACGGGCGACAACUGGAAUGGCAUUAUGAAGGACACAUUGCGGGAAUGCCCACCAGAUCAUGCUACUGAUGUGGACUAUGCCUGCAAUCCUAGCCUUCAGUUUAUCUCGCCCAUGUACUUUGUCUCCUUCGUGCUCACCGCCCAGUUCGUGCUCAUCAAUGUGGUGGUGGCCGUGCUGAUGAAGCACCUGGACGACUCCAACAAGGAGGCCCAAGAGGAGGCGGAGAUGGAUGCAGAAAUUGAGCUGGAGCUGGCCCAGGGCACCCUCUGUUGCAUGGGCGCCCCCGGCUGCGGGGGCGGAGGGAUGGAGAAAGGUGCCGUCGCCCCCGGAUUGGCCCACGGUAGUGACGGCUGCAGGAAGGAGCGAGGAGGACGAGGAGAGAAGGGAGUGAGGGCUCGUACGGCAUCCAAUGUACACACGGCACCCUACAGUGCUUCCGACUCCAACCGGCCAUUGUAUUCACCAGCACAUGAAGAGAGCCAGUGGUUGGACAGCGUAUCUCUCCUGAUCAAGGAUACAUUAGAAGGGGAGAUGCUGAUGAUCGACAAUCUCUCUGGUUCUGUCUUCCACCAUUACUCCUCCCCUCUACCCAUCUGUAAAGACUGCAGGGGCCACCCACAAGAGAUCCGGAUGGCGGAGAUCGAGCAGAUUUCACUGAAGUCAGAGCUACUCUCAGACAAGUCUUCUUCACCCGCCCUCCCAGAUGACCUCAGCCUCGACGAGCACACGGCCUACCAGCUGCUUGUGAAAGAAAGCAAGGAAAAGUGCAGCAGUGGAUCCUGUAGUUCUGAAGAGGGGCCGGGGGAAGGGAGUCAGCAGGUCCACCUGACUGUUGUUCAGAGCCAGGUCCAAGGGCUGGGCCACGUAUCUAGGACCUUCUGCAAAGUAGAGAUGGAAACAAGGCUACAGGAUAUAGAAAUGCAAACAAAUUCACCUAGCGUGUGCUCACCAUACUACAGCCCUAGUGCUGUUUCCAACAGUAGCAACACAGAAAGAAACACAGAGAGAAAAGAAGAAGCCUGCAGCGUCUCUCCACUGCUCCCCCUGCCUACUGAGUUCUUCCACUCGACAGGAGCAGCCAUCCCAGCACCUCCCCGCAGCAGGAGCCUGAGGUUGUCAAGAGGCCUUAGGUUGACCUCUCCUGCUUCAUGGGCUGCAUUCCGUUCCCCUGGAGGCCAUAGCAAGAUACUGUGUACACAGUACCCAUCCCACAGUGACUCAUCACUUGCUACUGGCAGCUCGGAAGGCAGCCUCCAAACAACCCUGGAAGAAGGACUGAGUUUCAGUGUCUCUCCACCACAGAACAUGGACUUGCCAGCAGCUCCUUUACCACAUGAGUGCCCACUGCGUGAAGACAACGCUAGCAUUUCUUCCCCACUCCAAACCCUGAGACUGAGGCCGAGCCCCACAUCAGCUCUAACACUCCAGGCCACUAUCGGCCAACAGCGGAGUCAAAGCAGCGGGCGAGGAAGCACAAGCCCGGGCUUCACGCGAGACGACUCUAUUGACCCUUCAGAUGAGGACCUGGGCAUAGUUAUCGGGUCUUCAAUUGGUUGUUGUGGGUCAAGUCAAGCAGGCAACAGUGAACAUUUGUCAGAGACAAUGAGCAGCUUGUCACUGACAUCCCUGCUGUCCCCCAGUUCCUUAGCGUAUCCUGGAGGAGCAGUGAAAAAGUGCAAUAGCACGGGAAGCCUGGACCAAGGGGGUAUGCUGCUUUCAUCCAGAGGAAGAGAGACCCAUAGGGAGAUUCUAGGCUUGGAGUUUGUGGACCCCCAGGGUUUCUUGGCCAACCCCUGGUCAGGGGUAUUAGCCGAGGCAAGAGGAAAUGGAGGUGAAAUAGGAGAUGGAUCACAAGGUUUCAGAGGGAAAAGCUCAAGCCAAACAACAGUAGGGCCUUUUCGCAAAAACAGAUGAAACCUACUGCUAACUUAUUGUCUAUGUUCCCUGGAUAUGAACGAUUUGCUGUCCCUUAAACACUCUAUCCCUGCAAACGGGAGGCUUGCCUGUAUUUCAAAUCCUUGUCUUUUCCCCAUGGAACCCUCUCUAUACAAUUGUGAUGGACCGGAGACCUAUUUUGUGCAAUUGUGCAACCUGGGGAGCUGGUCUUGGUAAUGCUGCAGUGCAUUGAUAUGAUCAUAGCCUGCAAUCUCGGGGCCUAAGGGCUAAGGAUAGGCGUGUGUAGUGCAAUCUGUGAGUGGAACCAGGUAGCCAGUUAUAGCAGGGAGUUUUCCCGGCUUAAACAAGAGUUUAAACUCAAAGAGACAUGAGAGCCUACUAAGCUAGGUCAUGUUCACGGACGCUGAAAAUGCAAAAAAAAAAAAAAAAAAGAGGUAUUCAAACUAAAAUAGCUGUCCAUGCCAACUGAUACUGUUUUGUGAGGCAGUGCAACAGGUAGGUUGGAAGGAAAUUUCCAGAUGACAAGAUAUACACAGUAGCAAGGCUAAAGGUAGACUUGGGACAGGAAUGUCAGGUCGUUUGGUUGGCGGGAAAGGCAGAGAGCGGAUCUAAUAUCCAUCUGUUCCGGCAGACGGAAACAACAGGUCCCACUCUUUCUGGCUUAAGUCCUUCUGCUGACAUCACAGGAAAGUGUGGGGUGGAGGAGAGUUCACGAAUGUGUGUGGGUGGGGAUGUGUGUGUGUGAGAGAAAGAGAGCACUGCCUCUGAUAUCCAAGGUAUUGAAUGAAAUAGUUCUCAUCAAUUCAGCAGUUUUUUGAAAGUGAGGUGAGUACUAAACAGAUCAGAUUGCCGCGGUGUGAUCCACCUUGGUGUGAUUUGUACUUGGUUUUUUUAUUAUAUCUCUAGCAUCUCUCACUAGAAUGGUUUGGACUUUAUAGCCAGUGAGAUUUAAAGCACACUCCUUUUGACACUACUUCCUCUCACAGUGUUCAAGAAUAUUGGAUGAAAGGACUGAACCACAAAGUUUGCAAGGGACCUUGACUUGCAUGAUGGAAAUGCAUUUAACUUAAGAUUUUUACAUAUAUACAAAUCUAUGUCCAGAUGUCAGUGUUGGGUGAUGACAACCAUGUGAUUUCUAUUCCACUAUUUUUGUAGAAAAAAGAAUAGGCACUUGCAAAUUGCAGCCAUUACCUCUUUCCUGUUUUGAGUCCAUUCCGAUGCGUCACAUUAUUUAGUCCGCCAGUGGCUUCCAGUUUUCUAACUUUUUUUAGAGUGCGUGCAGAACAAUGAAGCAAAAAAAAAAAAUAAAUUAAUCGUUCUUUCCUGCAUAUCUCUUAACAAAACAGUGAGUUCUCUUUUUUAGUCUGAUAUGAUGAGUCAUCGCAGAUGGGAACAGCCAUAAUCACUCAAGCAUAAUGCUCAUGGACAUAUUGUUUCGGUAUGGGUUUGCAAUUUUGUGUGUUUAUUAUUGUCACCCUGAUUAACAGAUAUCUCCUUUGCUACCCAUCUGCUGUUGUAGCAAUUUAGCAUAACACUGAGCACAAGUGUGUGUCUUUUAAUGCAAAAUGACCUGGGGGAUUUGCCACUUGCUAAAUCAUUUGGUCAAGCCAAAAAUGAGAUACUGAACUUUAAAGCCUGAUUUUCGGCUAGUUGUGUUUAGAUCAUUAUUUUGACUUUUACUGGUAUGUAUCCAAAAAUAACAGCAGUGGAAAACGACAUAAUGAUUAAAAAACGUUUUUCUCACCCCCAUUCAUGCAAACCAUUCAUGUAUGUGUGCACCAGUGUGUAUGUGUUUGUAAUAUGACUUAAGGUGAGGCGACUGCAUUUACCUGAUGUCUUGUCUGUGAACUGUCAUGAUGAUGAUGAUGGAUCCUGAGAGUUAAGGUUAAAAUGUAAAACGCAGAACAACCAAGGGCUGUUUUAGCUUGAAAGGGUUAACCUCCUGUCUUUUCUGAGACAAAUGUCAAUGAAUAUGGCAACUAAGGUUAAAGCCUGACUACACAGCAAUAAAUGUUCAAUGUGUAUGCCCUGAUCAACUGAUGUCAAUGUGAUUUUUAAUCAUCUUAUUAAUUUGCAUGUUCGCAACAAUACAACUUUUUCUUGUCUUUUCUUAUGACCAAUCAUUGUGCCUUUAGUAACUUGAGCUAGAGUUAUGGACAUACUGUACAUUAUACGGCCCGUAGACACGGUCCAAAGUCUUGUAGAAAUUAAUCACGGCAAAAGAGUAGUGUUAUCUGAAUGAAUUCAAAACUAACUUUCGCAAAACUAUUUUAAAUGAGUUCUGAAACAGACAAAAAAAUUGUAAAUACCUAGGGAAAAAAUGUAUUUUUGAGAAGUUGGAUCUUGUCUAUUGGGUGAUGAUUGAUACAAGUCGCAUGUGACGACACAAUUUAUAGUAAUUUAACAUAUCCUAUGACCAUCAUUCUCUCAAACAUUUAGCCUCAUGAACGACACACAUGCAUGCACAUACAUACAUCACUACUGGGUACUGAAACUGCUUCCAGCAAUCCAAUAGGACAAAGUGCCCCGGGGAGUUGCAUUGAUGGCAACAGUCUCUUCUGAGAAAAAGAAGCAUGUGAAUGUGGCACAACAAAAGGAUUAAUACAGUGCCUGUCAAACGAACUGCUUGCAUCAUAUCAGGGACUGCCAAUCAAAAAUGUUAUAAUACGUAGUGUAGCCAUUUUCCCCCAAGAACCAAUACUUAGUAAAAUUGAAGCUGCUAUCCCUGGUACCGAGACAGAUAAAUUUGCUAAAUACACUUCUGUCCAGUCAAUCUAAAAAAUAAUAUUGUAUUUCAAAUUCAUUUUUUUCAUAAAGAACACAAGAUUUCAAUGUACAAUUACAAUAUCUAAACAUAUAUACAUACCUACAUGCACACAUAUUAGGGUUGACUAAAAGCGACCCUGUACAUGCUGCACAGUACUAUCCAUCCUUAUGGACCGCAAUUUUUGGUGUUUGUACUCAGGCUACGAAGAUGGGACUAGUUAAACAAAACAACGCGUGGCUUUUGUGCGAUUUCUGGCUUUCCUCAAAUUAUCUGAGCGAUCGAUUUAUUUUCUGUACCCCUUUCUUUGCAAAUAAAUGAAAAGCAUGAUUGAAUUUGUUGUGUCUCCUCUUUUGAAGCGAGUAUCUCACCAAUGAUGCCAGAUUCAGGAUUGUGUCAUUCUUUCAU